AUGAGGUAUCUUGUACCAUUUGCGUGUUGCUUUUUGUUAACCUUACAAAUCUUCACAUUUUCAAACGCUUUGCGUUUUGAACUAAAAACCGGUGAGACAAGAUGUAUCUACGAUGAGAUGAAUAAGGAUGAAAUGAUCAUUGGGAAUUAUGAGAUCACUGGUGGUUCCACUAGUCAAGUUUCUAUCGCUGUAAAAGAUAGCAAGCAACAUACUUUCUUUCAAAAAUUAGGCGCUUCUUCUGGAAAAUUUACAUUUUCUUCUGAAGUUGAGGAUUCUUUCGAUGUCUGCUUCCAUUCUAAGGGAUCUAGUGGAACUGUUGAUACUCAUGAAGUCUUUCUCGAUAUCAAACCGGAGGACGAAGUUAGGACUGAUGGUCCUGAGAAUCCUGAGAACCUUAAACCUCUCGAAGCCGAAUUGAAGAAAGUGGAAUAUUAUACCGACUCCAUUGUCCGGGACUUCGUUUCAAUGCACAAAAGAGCUGAUGCUAUGAGAGAUAUCAAUGCAUCUACUCACAGUCGUGUUUUGUAUCUCUCACUUUUCUCCAUUCUGUGCCUUAUCGGAUUGGCUGUUUGGCAAGUCAUCUACCUUCGAAACUAUUUUAAAUCGAAGAAGCUCAUUGAUUAG